AUGGCAAGCAGUAGUGGUGAUCAGCAUAUACCAGAAGAUCUGAUAAUUGAGAUUGUCUCAAGGUUGCCAAUAAAAUCAUUAAUCCGAUUUAGGUGUGUUUGCAAAUACUGGUUUGGUCUCAUCAGAACCUCUACUUUUGUUAGCAAGCACCUGCAUCACCCCAACAACAAAUCAUGCCUCCUUGUUCACCAUUACAACUAUAGCACACAAAAAUAUGUUUUUGCUGUGUUCCCUGACGAAACACUUGCCAAAAUGCCUUUUGCACAUAAUGAUAUUGAUGAAUUUCAGUUGCCGGAUCUUCCGGAUGCCAUUAUUGGACCAAUUAGUGGCAUAUUUUGCCUAUUUACUCAUUGGGAGGAUCGAUAUAUUGUAGUUCUGUGGAACCCAGCUACAAAAGAAUGGAGGUCCCUCGCUAUACCUAACCCUAACUUACCAACCCAUAUUAUGGAUUUUUUGCAUAUGUUUGGUUGUGGAUUGGAUCCUAUAACAAAUGAUUACAAAUUGAUUUGGAUUCGAUACUACUAUGAUGAGGAAGAAGACAUUCCAUACAUCCCUAGAGUUGUUUCCGUGUACAACUUACGUACUGAUUCUUGGAGGCUCUUUGAAUUCGAGAUGAUGACAAAUAGUUCUAUAAAUAAUUCUCUGUGUAACACAUAUUUGAAUGGAUUUUAUUAUUGGUUGACCAGUAUUGAUUUUCAUAGAUAUACUCUCCUUUCAUUUGAUAUGAGUAAAGAGAUUUUCAAAGAAGAUAUACCGGCACCAACAGGUGUUCAAAAAGAUCUAUGCGGGGAUCUUACCAUGUACAAUGACUCCAUUGCUAUGAUAUAUUUCGAUGCACAAGAAGUUGAGAAAUACUUCCACGUAUGGGUAAUGAAGGAAGAGGGAUUCUGGACCAAACAAUUAAAUAUAGGGCCCCUUCCAGAAAUUCAGAGGCCACUUGGAAUUUGGAAGAACGGCGAGCUAUUUUUAGAAGAUAGCGAUUCUCAGUUAGUAAUGUACGACCACAAUACCCAAGAAAUUAAAAGCCUUGGACUUCGUGGAUAUCGAUCUUGCUUUGUUAUUGUUCUCUAUAAGGAGAGCCUAUUUUCAGUUAAGGAAGUUGAUGGAUGUGAGAAAGCAAAUAAUUCUUCCUAG